AUGGGUGUCGCAUUCGAUCCCGCCAAAGACAUUGGCCCCCUAGAUGGCAAAGUGAUUCUUGUGACCGGUGGCAAUGCCGGCUUAGGCAAACAAACGAUAACUAACCUCUGCGCCCACAAUCCUCACCGAAUCUAUCUUGCUGCCCGCAGCGCCUCGAAAGCCGCCGCGGCUAUAUCAGACAUCCGGAGCUCUGUUCCAGGCUGUUGUGACAUUGUCCACCUCCCUCUCGACCUCACCUCGUUCUCAGACAUUACCGAAGCAGCAGCCACGUUCCAGCGCGCGGAGACCCGCCUGGACAUUCUCAUCAACAACGCAGGCAUCAUGGCAUGUCCCUAUAGCACAACAAAAGAAGAUUAUGAAGUUCAAUUCGGCACAAAUCACAUGGGCCACGCGCUGCUGACGAAGCUGCUUCUGCCAACGCUACUUCGCACCGCAUCAGAGUACGGGGACGCCCGCGUCGUCACACUCAGCAGUACAGGCCACGCUGUCAACGUCCCCGGUGGCUUGAUCUUCGACCAGCAGAAGCUGGAGCAACAGGGCACCUGGAAGCGCUACGGACAAUCAAAACUGAGCAACCUGCUCUUCGCGCGCGAGUUAGCGGAGCGUCAUCCCCAGAUCACGUCUGUCAGCAUCCACCCCGGCGUGAUUUUCACCGACUUGUUCUCAUCUGUGCGCGCAAAUGUCUUUCUCAAGGCAGGCCUCUGGAUCUACGGUCUACUGUUUCCCCUGCUUCCAGGACAUUACCGAAGUACUGCAGGCGGUGCUAUGAAUCAGACGUGGGCGGCGAUUGCGGAUAAGAGUGAAUUGGUGAAUGGUGCAUACUAUAAGCCAGUCGGUGUGGAGAGUAAGGGAAGCGCGAAUGCGAAGGAUCGGGGUCUGCAGAAAAAGCUGUGGGAGUGGACCGAGGCAGAAUUUGAAAAGCAUGGAUACUAA